AUGAAGCUAUUGGUACUAGUUACACUCCUGUUGCUCCAGUGUGAGCCUAUUUUCGGCAAUGGCAGUUUCCGCGGUGGCGUCGGGCUCGAAAACGAUCCUGGUUGCCGAGGGCGCUUCAGUGCGCCUUGUGGCGAUCGGAAGACUGUCGACAUCUCCUCCACACCUUCCAUGACACCAACAACCAUGGCCACGACCUCUCCCACAACCACACCAUCAACUGAAACAUCCACAGUUUCGCCCACAAGCCGUACAGUUCUACCAUCGCCGCAAGAUUUUGACGACUCCCGCGAAGAAUACCGACAAUUCUUGCUGUCGGCGAUUCGGGUAGUGUUCGUCGCUACGAUCAGUAUUGGGUUGCUCUGUGUCUGUACAUCAUGGCUCUGCAAGACUUGUUGUAGUAGCAAAGAAGAGGAAGGGACGAGCCCGUAUCCAGCCGAGAUCGAGUGCAAGCCGGAUGCAUGGAUACCCCAAGUAUCAGCCCCUCCUCAAAUGCUGCCGGUAAUUCUCGAAGACGAGUCGUUGGAGACGCCACCACCGUACAACCCAUCGUACAUUGUCCAUGUCUAA